UAUUAAACAGGAAUUAUUUUUCAUGAGUCUUUUUCUAACCUUAUUGCUUAUUUUAAAUUUACAAAAAAUAUUAUCUCAGACUUAUAAUAUAGGUGAAAAAACCAAAAGUAACAAAAGUAUUUCAGAAUACAACGAUCUAGAUUUUGAAAAACUCUCUGAUGAAUGGGAGGAGAACGAUGAAGAUAAAAUACCUUUAAAUGAACAACCUAUGUACAAGCAACCUCCGAUCCCAAUUAAUAUGAAUAAUUUAAAUAUGAGUGAUCCUCAAAGUGUUCUUAAGCAAUCUAAAAAAGGAAAAACUGUGAUGAUGUUUGUAACUGUUUCAGGAAAUCCUACUAAAAAUGAAGCAGAUAAGAUAACUAGUAUCUGGCAUUCAAGUUUAUAUAAUGCCCAUUAUGAUGUAUCCAAAUAUAUGAUUGAAAAUGAUAGAGCCAUCUUUGUUUUUAAUAAUGGUGAACAAGCAUGGGAUGGAAAAGAAUUUUUGAUUAAACAAGAUCGUUGUGAUUCUGUUACAUUAGAAAAUGAAAAUUAUUAUGGAAAGGGCUCUAAAAAAUAUGCUACACAAUUGGAUCAAAAUUUUAAAGAAAAGAAGGAACUAUGAAAUGAUUAUUGCUCAUAUAAAAAAAAUUAUCAAAUAAAAUACACAAAUACUAAUAAAUAAUUAUUCAAAAUCUUUGAUAACUAAUUUAGGAAAUAAAUAUAAAUAUUUAUAAAAAUAGCAUUUAUCUUGCUCUUCAAUUCACAUAAAUUUAGAACAAG